UGAGCGGGUCGGCUUCGCCCCAUGGUGGCUGGUGGGGCGGGGCCAAGCUUUGGGACCCCGCUCCCGCGGUGGCGGCGCCCCUGGCCAGGCAUGGUGGGCACAGGCAGCAGGCAGCAGGAGCGGCAGCGCCGGCGCCUCCUCGAGAAGCUGCAGGCCAGCAACCGGCGGUUCGCCAGCGUCAUGGGGACCCUGGUGGCCAAGUAUGACCGUCCCUUUGAAGAAGACAGACUGGUGCAUAUUGCGACAUUGACCUACGAGACGCCAUCUGGGCUGAGAGUAUGGGGUGGAAGAAUCGUAACCCAAGAAAUCUUCCAAAGUGUCCAGCUAUCCCUGGAGAAGGAAGGCUAUAGUAUGGAUAACAUGCAAAGCACUUUCACAGAUGUUAAAAGCAAUGGCGUUGAUGAAUCUUUGGUUCAAAGAAAUAGCGAUGUCAGCUUGAAGGAUGACAGCCUUCGAAGCCUUGCAGAAAGUGAUUUAGACAAGAAGUACAUGACCCGAGUGGAUGUGAUCCUGGAAGAUGACCAUCCCAAGAUGGUCAGGUUUGACAGUUUCAGCAGGAAGAAGGCCCAAAAAACUCCCAAGAUCCUUUCAACCAAAGGGAGGCCUAAAGCUUUACUUGGUUGCUGUGGUAAUGGCCCCUGGGAGAAUUAUGGGAUUCCAGUUAAGCCAACUUCACCCUUCCAGGGUCCCCCAGACACCAGCAUGCUGCAUGUGCCUCCCAAUCAAAGCUUGUUAGCCUGGAGAGCCAGGAGGAGCGGCUCCUUAGGGGACACUGCUUUUGAAGGUGAAGAAGCUGCCCAGAACCUCACACUCAGUGACAUCUAUGCAGAAAUGUUAUGUUCACUGAGUAAAUGUCUCCCUUCUCAGAAGAUGGGCCUCGUUUCCACCAAUAAAUAUACUUCCAAAGGCUGGUUCCCAAAGAAGAGGAGGCUUAAUAUCACUUUGACCAUGGAAAGUAGUUUUCUCAAGAUUAGUCAAAAAUUCCAGAUUAUCCCAGGUGAGAAAAAUAGCUUAAUUUGCAGAAAGGAUUAUAAGCAGAACUUUUUACCCUGUAUUGAACCAGACACCAUCGUCAACAACAGUGAAUUGUUAACCACCAGUUCUUCCCCGCUGGCGCUGAAGGUGACACUGCAUAACCGCUCCACUCAGGACUCUCCUUCCAGGCCCAGGGACAUGAGACAAGUAAGCCCCAGCUCCUUACAGAGCCAUAUGGGGUCCCGGUCCCCAGCGACACCCAGAUUGUGUCUGCCCCCUGCUCCAAGUGCAAAGGAGAGGUUCCGCCCUUUGCAGCAGGGUGUUCCUGGAAGAGAUGUGUUGGGGCAGGAAAGGUGUCUGUCCAGAUCACUGGUGAUGCCAAGGAUGCUCCAGACCCCCAAGAAUUCUCCUCUGUCCCAUGAAAGGCUUUCUCAGGAGCACUCAGCUUCUGAUACCUCUGAAACGGGCCCAAAGACUGGCGUUCCUAGAAAGGUUACGAAGGCAAGAAAGUCCUUGCCUUUUUGCAUGGAGAAGAUACCCUGCAAAGCCCGAGAUGUGAUAGACUCCAUGUUUGACACAUACUCCCAAGAAACAACUCAGUGGGCACGGGAGCUUUUAUUCCUUAAGAAAUCAGGGCAGAAGUCAAAAGUGCUAAGUCAGAGCAAAUUCGGGGAUUCUGUGGAAGGUUUAGGCCCCUGGGAUGGUCCCCAGGAGCCACAGAAGGCAGCCUCCCCCCGGGUCGUUGCCAGGUACUCCCUGUAUGAAACAGUCAACAUGCUUCAUUGCCCAGCCUUGCCCAGGGCCAUCUCAAAAGGAGAUUUUUCCUCCCCAACAAAAAGACGCAAAGUGUCAAGCUCCCAGACAUGGGAUCACUUCAGCCCUUCAAAGAUGAGAGAUAAGGCGUAGGUAUUCUUAACAGUAAUCUUUGUUGUUGCCAUAAACAGUACUUAAGGAGAGAAGUGGUCCCAAAGUAUCUGGGUCUUUAUGGGGACAUAAUACAUUAAAAUAAAAAACAAAUUAAUGACUUUAAAAGCACACAUGCAUUAUCUGAGAUUGUAGAAGCAUCCUGGUGUUGUGGACCCAGGACCCAGGUUCACACCCUGGCUUUGCCUCUUACUCCCUGGGCAGCUUUGGACACACCCUGGGCCUCAGUUUCCCCAACUGUCAGUCCUUGUGCCUUAUGACACAGACAGAAUUCUGGGCCCUUGGAUGUGUUUGAGAGCUCUGGCAAGUCAAAGCUGGGUCGUGGGCGAGAAUCUGGACUUCCUCCAUCUAGUGUUGACCCCUGAUCCUGGAUCUUCCUCUUCCCUGUAGUCUGGCCACUCUUCACUCUAACCCUCCUGUCCCAUUCUCCUCCUGAAUCGUCUCGAGGUUUCUGCUGCCCUCCACUCGGCGCUCCUCCUAUAUCUUCUGUUCCUUCUCAGUGCCCUUGGCCUGAUCAGCCUCCAAAUUGAAGCCCCAACUCUAGGGACCUGAGGCUUUGUGCUGGGCUGCCUUCUUUUCUCUCAGUGAUCUCUGUAAACUCUAGGGAUUCAGUCAUUGUCUCUAUGAAGAUGCCUUCCAGAUCAGUAUCUCCAGUCCCCAGUCCCUUGGAUAUACCCAACUGGAUGUCUCUUAGGCCUCUUGAGCUCAGCUUGUCUAAAGCGGAAUUUAUUAUUGUCCCCAUCUUCCGCAUACUUGGUUUUCCUCUGUUGAAGAAAAAAAAAUGAAUACUAUAUUCUCCUUUUAACAUACAGUUCUAUCAAUCUGAGAUUAGUGUUUCAGAAUAGCUAUAGCCUAGUCACAUAAGGGGUUGGGGAAGGCAGUGAUCUAGACCAGGCUAGAUGAUGUCUUUGUUUCAGUUUAAUUUCCACCCUUAAUCCAUGUUUCUAAAGGACAUUUUGUCUUUGAUCAAAGGGAGGGAGUGGAGAGUAGGCAAGUCUGAAAAGGGCUUUUAGAACUGAGAAAUAUUCUUUCUCAAGUGCUUCCCAUUUCUAUGGAGAGCACUGUGUUUUCUAUUGUCUCAGGUUCACCAGCUGGCAAUCUUCUUGAACUCUAAAGUUCUCUUCCAAGCCUCGUGUUCCAGUCAUGUCUUGUUGGUUUUAGCUCCAUAACAUGUCAUGCGUCCAUUGCCUCCUGUCCGCUCCAAGGCUUGUGCCCAAGCUCAGAUCUUUAUCUGUUCUCCCCUACGCUAACUGAAGAGUUUCCCGAUGGGUCUCCCUGCACCCAUCCUCCAGCUUGGAGUUCCCUCCCUCCUCACCCCCACCUCCUCUGAGCUUUAGCUCAAGCUUCUUGUCCUUGGUGUUUUUCUGAGCCCCCUCUAUUUUCUCUUUAUUUGUUACCAUCUCUGUGAUUUCCCUCCAACACAAUGAAAGUGCCUUGAGUGCCGGCACUCUGACAUUCUUUCCUUGGGAUCCUCGGCAUUUCACCCAGUGCCUUUUCCACGGUUGGCAUUUCAUGAUGUGUUGUGGACGGACUCAGCUGCACGUAAUGAGCUUACAGCCUUUUCCUGCCUUUGUAGACUGUAGCAGGGGGCCAAAGAGCUCGUCACCUGGCCACCUUCCUGCUGCUCAGGGUUAGGGAUAGCUGGCAAACAAGUUGGGCCAUGAUCAUACCUUGUCCAUCAUGAUGUAGUGCUUGUCAGGCCCUGAGCCAAUGAAGAGCCUUUCAAAUAAAGAUUUGUUUUAAUGAUUUUUA